AUGGGCGCCAACAAAGUCGUGCAGAAGUCGAAGGAGGCCAAGAUGAAGGCCGCAAUGGCGGGAGGCAAGUCCAAGAAAAAGAAGUGGAGCAAGGGCAAGGUCAAGGAGAAGCUCGCCAACCUGGUCAUGUUCGACCAGGCCACGUACGACAAGAUGCUGAAGGAGAUUCCAAAGGCGAAGCUGAUCACCACGGCCAUUGUCAGCGAGAGGCUGAAGGUCAACGGGUCGGUCGCUCGCCAGGCCAUCCGCCACCUGGAGGAGAAGGACCUGAUCCAGGUGGUGGGCGAGAGGACCGGGUCGGACGAACAAGGAGGAUAUGAAAACGGGGGGGGGGUACGACAUCUGCUGCGUGCAUUUCGUCUCGGGCCCGCCGCCUGGCGCCUUUCUUCGAUACAUGGGCGAUCCCUGGCGCCGGAAAGCGCCGGGAAAGCGGGCGAUCUGAGCUGA